CGUCGUGACGUCAUCAGCAGCGACAGCAGACCGCUGAGAAACAUGUGCUGUAGCCACGGAGUAAUUGUCGAGAAACAAAACAGUUUAUCGAUCAGUUAAAUAAUCAUCACAAGCGCAUCAUGGAGUACAUGCAUGCCCCCUCAUCAAGCAGCCAAGGGAACAUUCUUUGCUGUACUUGUGGCGUUCCCAUCCCACCAAACCCAGCCAACAUGUGCGUGUCCUGCUUAAGAUCUCAAGUGGACAUCUCUGAGGGUAUUCCCAAGCAGGUCUCUGUUCAUUUUUGCAGACAGUGUGAAAGAUAUUUACAGCCUCCCGGCACGUGGGUUCAGUGCGCUCUGGAGUCCAGGGAACUUCUCGCUCUGUGUCUGAAGAAACUGAAAAGCACAAUGGCCAAGGUGAGGCUUAUUGACGCCGGCUUCUUAUGGACGGAACCGCACUCCAAAAGAAUCAAGAUGAAGCUGACCGUCCAGAAGGAGGUGAUGAACGGAGCCAUUCUGCAGCAAGUGUUUGUGGUGGAGUUUGUCAUUCAGCCUCAGAUGUGUGAUGAUUGUCAUCGAGUGGAAGCUAAAGACUUCUGGAAAGCCGUUGUGCAAGUGAGGCAGAAGACGGUCCACAAGAAAACCUUUUAUUAUCUGGAGCAGCUGAUCCUGAAGCACAAGCUCCAUCAGAACACGGUACGCAUCAAGGAGAUCAACGAGGGCAUUGAUUUUUACUACGCCUCCAAGCAGAACGCUCAGAAGAUGGUGGAUUUCUUGCAGUGCACGGUUCCCGGCAGGUCUAAGGCGUCUCAGCGGCUCAUAUCUCACGAUGUUCAUUCAAAUACCUACAACUACAAAAGCACAUUCUCAGUGGAGAUUGUUCCUGUGUGUAAGGAUAACGUGGUGUGUCUGUCCCCGCGGCUCGCUCAAAGUCUGGGUAACAUGGGUCAGGUGUGUGUGUGUGUCCGGGUCACCAGCUCCAUUCACCUGAUUGACCCCAACACCUUACAGAUUGCGGAGGUGGACGCAAACACUUACUGGCGACACCCGUUCAACAGUCUGUGUAGCCCUCGGCAGUUAGAGGAGUUUAUUAUCAUGGACACAGACAUCAUCAGAGAUCAGAGACUGGGGGCCGGCGCCGGUCUCACAUCCAACAGGCACAUGUUAGCUGAGGUUUGGGUUCAGAAGACGUCAGACAUGGACUCUGGUCAGCAGUAUCACUGCAGAACGUUUCUGGGUCACCUGCUGAACAUCGGAGAUCUGGUUCUCGGCUUUGAUUUCGCCAACGCCAAUAUCAAUGAUGAGUUUCUCAAUAAGAUGAACCCUGACCGCGUCCCUGAUGUGGUGCUGAUAAAGAAGAGUUACGAUCGUGUGAAGCGUGUGAAGAACAGAAUCUGGAAACUGAAGGAGUUGGACCGAGAGAAAGAAGCCGUCGACACUGAUGAUGAGAGACAAUAUCAUGAGUUCCUGGAAGACUUGGAGGAAGAUGAAGUCUUGAGGAAGAGCAUCAACAUCUUUAGAGACACGUCAAAGAUCCCGGUGGAGAGCGACACCGAUGAUGACGGGGCUCCCAGGAUCUCUCUGACAGAGAUGUUGGAGGAUUUGAGUUUGAGCGACGCCACCGGUGGAGAAGGAGCCGACAUGAUGACGGAUGCAUGAGUGCAGACUGGCACUCCGUACGUGAACGCUUUCAGUGAUGUUAUUUUGAGGUCCAGAUGUCAUUUGGAAAGCUGUGGUGCCAUUCUGCAUUGCCUCAACUAACCCAAUAAAAGACUUCCCCGGUG